AUCAUGAGGAGGGAGAACCAGAGCAGCGUGACCGAGUUCCUCCUCCUGGGGCUCCCCAUCCGGCCAGAGCAGCAGGCCAUGUUCUUCGCCCUGUUCCUGGGCAUGUACCUGACCACAGUGCUGGGGAACCUGCUCGUCAUCCUGCUCAUCAGGCUGGACUCUCACCUCCACACCCCUAUGUACUUCUUCCUCAGCCACUUGGCCUUCACUGAUGUCUCCUUCUCAUCUGUCACUGUCCCAAAAAUGUUGAUGGACAUGCAUGCUAAGUACAAAUCCAUCCCCUAUGAAGGGUGUAUUUCACAAAUGUAUUUUUUUAUAUUUUUUACUGACCUGGACAGCUUCCUUAUUACAUCAAUGGCAUAUGAUCGCUAUGCGGCUAUAUGUCACCCUCUUCAUUAUACCACCAUCAUGAGGGAAGAGCUGUGUGCCUUACUAGUGGCUAUAUCUUGGAUCCUGUCCUGUGCCAGCUCUCUUUCCCACACCCUUCUCCUCACCCAGUUAUCCUUCUGUGCUGACAAUGCCAUCCCCCAUUUCUUCUGUGACCUUGGUGCUCUGCUUAAGAUAUCCUGUUCAGGCAUCUUCCUCAAUGAGUUGGUCAUGUUCACAGUAGGGGUGGUGGUCAUUACCCUGCCAUUUAUAUGUAUUCUGGUAUCUUACGGUUACAUUGGGGCCACCAUCAUGAAAGGUCCUUCCACCAAGGGGAUCUGCAAAGCACUGUCCACGUGUGGCUCCCACCUUUCUAUAGUGUCUCUGUAUUAUGGGGCAAUAUUUGGGCAGUAUCUUUUCCCCAAAUUAAGCAAUUUCAUUGACAAUGACAUCAUUGUGGCUCUCAUGUACACAGUGGUCACACCCAUGUUGAACCCCUUUAUCUACAGCCUUAGGAACAGGGACAUGAAAGAAGCCCUGGGGAAACUCUUCAGUAGGGCAACAUCUUUAUCACGGUGA